AUGGCUGCAAUUCAUUUCGAUUCUUCAGUAGAUCCAUGGUUUUUAAACUAUCAGCAUGGUAAAGAAUUCAUUCCAUGGGAUACCUUUAUUCCUGAUUUAUGUGCUAGAUUCGAAGAUAUUGCUCAAGAUAAUUAUGUUGGUAGUUUCAAUAAACUGUACCAAACUACCACUAUAGAAGAUUACUAUGAUCUUUGGGAACAUUAUAAAAUCUUUAUGGUAGCUAACAAUCCUUAUCUACCUAAGAGUUUCUAUACAUUGAGUUUCAUUAGUGGGUUAAAAGAAGAGAUUCGUACAGUAGUGCAAAUGUUCAAACCUGAUAAUACUGCUACAACUUUUUAUUUGGCUAGAAUGCAGCAGGCUUCUAUGCAUCACCAGCCUAAAAACACUAAAUCCUUCUCUAAACCAUUUACACCCUCACCACUUUCUAUUUCUCACCCACCAUCUACCAUCAAACCUUUUUUCUCUCCCUCCUCUACAUUUUCUAAGACCAAUACUUCGUCAUCAUCUCCCAUUGUGACUCAUCACCCUACUACUCCCACUAAAACCUCACCAAACAAUUCUCUUCCUCCUGUUAAGAGACUCACUCAUGCACAAAUGCAGGUUACAAAAGAUAAGGGUUUUUGUUAUAAUUGUGAUGAGUUUUACAGACAGGGUCACAGAUGUAAAAUUCAACAACUGUUCAUGUUGAUUGCUGAUGAAGACAUAGAAGAACAUGGGUCAUUGUCCACUGAAAAAAUCUCUGAUGUAUCUCCUUCACAUUCUGAUUCUAUAAUUGAGAUUUCUUUACAUGCUUUGAGAGGAAAUAUUGCUCAUGACACUAUUAGAAUUUCUGGCCAUCUCAACAAGCAUCCUGUGAUUGUCUUUAUUGAUACAGGCAUCACAUAUAGUUUCAUUGAUGCUGCCUUAACCUCUAAAUUGGGCCUUCAUGUUUCUUCAACUGGUCAAAUUCUUGUCACAGUUGCUAAUGGGGACAUCACCAUCAGCAAAGGUAUCUGCCAACAACUCAACUGGGAAAUGCAAGGGCAUCAGUUUUUUGCGAAUUUACGAGCUCUCCCUCUAGGUGGUUGUGACAUUGUUUUAGGGGAUGAUUGGUUGCGCCAACUUGGUGAUGCCACUUUUAACUUCAGUCAGCUGAUCUCUGCUCUUCUAGAAUCUUUCUCAGAUGUUUUUGCAGAACCUACUGGACUUCCUCUCUCUAGGUCACUUGACCAUAAAAUUCCAUUAAAAACUGGCCAUAGUCCAUUUGCUGCUCUUAUUCUCCUAGUCAAGAAGAAGGAUGGAACUUGGCGUUUCUGUGUCGAUUAUAGUAAACUCAAUGACAUUAUUGUCAAAGACAAAUUCCCAAUUCCUCUUAUAGAAGAAUUGUUAGAUGAGUUGAACGGUUCUAUGGUGUUUUCAAAGAUAUAUCUUCGUUCAGUCUACAGUCCAUCUAUUGAAGCGUAUAUGGGAGCAUUUUCAUCUUACAUUAGCUUUAUUGAGGAAGCAUUCUCUGUUUGCCAAGUUAUCCAAAUGCUCAUUUGCUCAGCCACAACUCGAGUACUUAGACACAUUAUCACAGCUAAUGGUGUUGCUACAGACCCUGACAAAGUUGCAACCAUGGUUACUUGGCCACAACCACAAACAUCGAAGCAGCUCAUAGGAUUCUUAGGGCUUAUAGGUUACUACCGCAAAUUCAUUAAAAAUUAUGGUAAUAUUUGUAAGACACUAACUGAUAUGCUCAAGAUGGAUUCUUUUGCAUGGACUGAUGCUUCCACUGAUGCUUUCUUUGUAAUCAAAACUGCUAUGACUUCAGCUCCAAAUAGUAAACCCAUUGCUUUUCUCAGCAAACCAUUGUGUCUGAAGGCAUUGGAUUUGCCUACCUAUGAGAAAGAAUUUUUGGCCAUUGUCAUGGAUGUUCAAAAAUGGAAGCACUAUCUAUGCAGUCAGCAGUUUAUCAUUCAUACAGACCAUCCGAGUUUGAAGUAUCUUAUGGACCAGAAAUUGUCUACUGUUUUACAACAAAAAUGGUUAGUAACUUUGAUGGGUUUUGACUAUGUCAUUAAGUACAAAAAAGGGUUAGAAAAUCAAGUUGUUGAUGCCUUAUCCAGAUUUCCUACUGCCUCCGGAUCAUCAUUAACAUUAUCUCAACCUCAGUGGGUGCAAGACAUUCAUUCUAGCUAUGAAUCAGACACAACAACACAACAACUCGUUACUCAACUUAAUGUGACUCCAAAUAAGGGCAACUAUUCUUAUACACAUGGCAUCUUAAGAUUCAAAGGGAGACUCUAUAUAUUGGCUCAGGAAAGGGACCUUAUGCUGCAAUUGUUGAAAGAAGAACUCUCAAAGGCCCAAAGCAGAAUGAAAAUUUUUGCAGAUAAAAAGAGGUCUGACAGAAACUUUGAGUUUUACAAAAAAAUUGGAACUGUUGCUUAUAAACUCAAGCUUCUUGUGGGGUCUAGGAUUUACCCAGUCUUUCAUGUCUCUCAAUUGAAGAAGAAAAUUGGGUUACAGGCUGUUCUCUCACCUCAACUUCCAUUGGUGGACCAUGCAGGCCAGUUUGUAAUUAAACAUGUUGCUGUUUUAGACACUAGAACUACUGUCAUAGGCACAUCUCAAAUUCCCCAAGUCUUGGUGCAGUGGUGCAACUCAGACCCAGCAGAUUCAACGUGGGAGGAUGCUGCUCACAUCCAAGCUCAGUUUCCAGAUUUUAUCGUUGAGGACAAGGAUCUCUAA